AGUGGCUUCGCCGUAAAAAGUUCCGUGAAGUUGAUGCUGAAAAAUUUCCCGAAUGCUUCUUCCGCUCCCUUUACUACAUUGGUGUUACCGCCUACGGAGCCCACGCAAUAUACCUCAGCGGGAAACAUACAUUCUUCCAGGAGCCCUGCACCUGCUUCGACAUGAUUCCUGACUAUG